AAGAAUCAAGGAGGAAAAGAAAAAAAAAUGGAAAAUCUCAAAAAAGAAUUAAAGAAAAAUGGUGUUUUCCUCUAAUCCAUUAUCUCUCAGCGUCCCAGACCCUACCUUCGAAUCGUGGCUCCGAGACUCCGGCUACCUAGACGUCAUCGACAACCAACAGACCGCCGCUGCUGCUGCCGCCACCACCGGUACUUCCACGAUUAGCGACCCAACAAUAACCAUCCCAAUCAGCAGCUUCCUUUUCCGAUAUUUGGUCUCUUUUUUCUCUCAUUUAUGGACGCUACUCUCUCUACUCACGUUCAAUCCAUUCGCCAAGCUCACCACCAACGAUUUCUCCGGCGAAACUCCGUCGUGGACUAAAGGGUUCUUCGCGGAUUUCGGGUCCUAUUCGUUUCCAGCUUCGGCUUCUCAAGCAAGGCUCAGGGUUCAAGAGAAUGUUAAGCGUUAUGCUCGGAAUUAUGCUUCACUUUUUAUCCUCUUCUUCGCUUGUUCUCUGUAUCAGCUGCCACUUGCACUUGUUGGGUUGAUAUCAAGUUUGGCACUUUGGGAUUCAUUCAGGUUCUUCAGUGAUAAAUGGGGUUUGGAUCGAUUCCCUGUCACUGAAAUGAUCUUGGUUCGCUUUGUGCAAUGCGUUACUGCAAUUAUUUUGUUGUGGUUGAAUGUUCAAAUGGCCUUGUGUUGUACCCUUGUUGUCAGUUAUAUAGUUAUGCUUUUGCAUGCCGCAUUCCGGAAGCUGACACCAGUAAAGCAACCUUCUCAUGGUAGACGGAAAUAGGAGAUCACCCCGAACCAAACACAAAUAUGGCCAGCUUCGGUUUGCAGUUUUGUUUUGCAGCAAGAGAUCAGCAAGUUCUCUUCAGUGAGCUACGAAAACCACCUCUUUAUAGUAUAACGGCUUAUUAUCCGGUGGAUGAUUUUUUUGUAGUUGAUCUUGCUCGGUACAUGUCAAAUGACAAAAAGAAAUUGCAUUAUUGCAAUGAACAUUUGAUAGAUCUUGUUUUGCUUUCUAUCAAUCAUAGGCAGUUGAGUUUUCUAACCUGUAAUGGAGUUUUGCUGGUAUUAACUUUGUAUAUUCCCUCAUGCACCCUCUUCCUGCUUAAAAGUUGACUAAUUCAUUCACAGCUCGCAGUUAAAUGGUGCUUGGCAUUCAUUUCUGUAAACCUUGCUACACGAAGAACUGAAAUAGAAUUCGAAGAGGUGAAUACCAAUUCCUAAUUUUUGUUUUGUCUGCAAUCUUAGGGUAGCAAAUCUAUUGGUCACAAAUUUAUAACCAAAUCUUUAUGGAUGGUCGUUAUCCAGAGUGGUAAUUUAGAAAGUGUUGUGUAGUGAUUUGUUAUAUUUGUUGAUUAAAAGCACUCUCCAUUUAAGCUUGAGAAGUUAGGUUCAACCCAGUUUGUGCUGCCAUGCUGCUAUGUGUAAAACUUGCCAUAAUUGAAUGUUGGUCAUGGCUGAAAAUCACUGAUAUUAUGUUACUCCGGUUUAACACUGAAUAACAUAGCUAUGAUAUUCUUAAAUUGAUGUUACCUGGAAA